AGGAUGUAAUCAAAACAGCAGAUAAAAUAAAAGAAAGGGUGGAAGUGCAGUGUAUGUACUUUUCAACCUUACAAAGGGAUUAGAGAAGCAUGAACCAUUCUCAGCCCCAGUUCAAACACGAUGAAAUACGCACUUCCUCUAGACAACAAGAAGGGGGACAACUUCCACAACUUCCGCCCCUCUUUUUCCCCAAUAAUUUCGAUGAUGAGUUCCCUAAAAGUUAAUUCACAUCCUUCAGCCACAUUCGCCUUCACAAUGUUCUCAGAUUGUUGCCUUGGAUUCACUUCGCAUGCCCAUUCCUUUGUUGUUGCUGGCGCUAAAUUAAGGGCGAAUAUCUUUAAAAAUGGGGUACUCAAAAGCAGCAACAUAACCAGAUUACACUACAACGGCUGCACUAGUUUGGAUGAUAACAGUACAGCCUGCAUUGAAUUUGGAAAUGGGUAUGCCUUAAGCGAAGGAAUACAGAGCCCAUCUGAGUAUAAUGCCGAACAGGAUCCGUUAUUUAACGAAGUAACUAAAAAAACAUUAAGUCCCUCCAGCUUUGAUCCAGUCAAGCUCAAGAAGGACAAGGAGUUGCUAGAUGAUCAAGAGCUAGAACAGCUGAAAUCUUUGGAAAAUUUUGUGUACGAGCAUAGGAUUGAUCAUGGUUGUUUGGUGAUUAAAGCUCUGGAUAAUGAGCACAUGGAGGAUACAUCAGAACUUCUGACAGAUUGCUUAGCAGAAAUUGUGUGGAGGCCUCUGAAUUAUAGGCCUUUGUUGAAGUUUUCAAUCAGAGAGUAUAUGAGGGAGAGGGCGGCUCGUGUUCCUCAUGUUGUCACACUCAUAGGUCUGUAUUCGGAAAGAGAGGGAGAAUGGACCUUUGGUGGCACUGCAGAGGUUUCCUUUAAUUCUAAGGGAGUUUCUGAGUUUCAAGCCACACCAGCUCCUCCGAAGGGUUCUCCAUAUCUCUGCAACAUGGCAGUGAGUAAAGAUCUUCGCAGGAGAGGAAUUGGCUGGCAGCUCUUAAAGGCAAGUGAGAAGCUAGCAACACAAAUGGGAUCCAGUGAAAUGUAUUUACACUGUAGAAUUAUUGAUAAAGCACCAUUGAAUAUGUACACAAAAGCUGGUUAUAAAGUUGUCCAGACCGAGACAGGCAACAUAUUAACAUUGCUUACAUGGCAACGUCGUAAACAUCUCAUGUAUAAGAAAUUGCCACUUAAAAGUUAGUACACAAAGUUAUAAUGCCUUUGAACCUCCAUAUUGUAACAUAUGCUUUUUUAGAUGAUUUCUAGAAAUUUAGCUCAUUUAUUUUCAUGAACAAAAAUGUGAGGCAUAAUGUGAAAAGUGUGGGUAUGUCUAUGUCUUUUGUUCAACAUGAUUAUCAAAAUUUAAUUUCACCAUACCUAAAAUUUCAAAGUA